GCCUGCUCGCGGGGCCAGGCAGCCGGGCUUUAGUGGAGCUCUGCGAGCCGGCACUGCCUAGGUUUGCGGCUGCGAGCCCCGCAGCUGUAUGGCUGGUACCGGGUGCCAGAUGCUUGCAGAUGCUCCGCUUUUCCGGAGCUCGGGUUUGGCUCGCACAGAGCCAACUCGUCCCGGUCCCAGAGGGACCCGGGCGAUGCCGAGCCUGAGAAGUCCAGCAUCUCAGCCUCGGGGCUCCAAAGGAAAAAGCCAAGCUCGUGCAGGUGAAGCUGCGGUCCGUGCGCUGUCUUUCGGAGGCCGCCUACGCAACGCAUCCCCGCCAGCCUCCGCCACGCAUCUUACCCCCGCGCCGCCCGCGCAAGGAGCGCGAGAGAGUGGCGAACACGGCCGAGAAGGCGCGACCCAAACACCGAGGAUGGACACCCGCACCUGGCGUCUGAACUGGCUCUGUCUCCUCCUUCUGGCUCUCUUUGGAUCUACCCGAAGCGAGGGUUUGGAGAGCUGCGAAGAAGUUCGGAAACUUUUCCAGUGGCGGCUUGGGGGAGCUGUAAAGGGGCUGCCAUAUACACCACGGGCAGGACCUGAUCUUCAGGUUUGUGUAUCCAAAAGCCCCACAUGCUGUACCAGGAAGAUGGAGGAGAGAUACCAGAUCGCAGCUCGGCAAGAUUUGCAGCAGGUGCUUCAGACAUCCAGCUCAACAUUAAAGUUGCUAAUAUCUCGAAAUGCAGCUGCCUUUCAAGAGACCCUGGAAACCCUCAUCCGGCAAGCAGAGAAUCACACCAGUACCCUUUUCUGCAACACCCACCGGAACAUGGCAUUGGAGGCUGCGGUUUCCGUUCAGGACUUUUUCACUGAAGUAGGGCUCUAUUUAUUUGGUGCAGAUGUUAAUCCCGAAGAAUUUGUAAACAGAUUUUUUGACAGUCUUUUCCCUCUGGUCUACAACCAUCUCAUAAACCCUGGUGUGACUGAUGGUUCUCUGCAAUACUCAGAAUGUAUCCGAAUGGCCCGCCAGGAUGUUAGUCCAUUUGGCAAUAUUCCCAAAAGAGUCAUGGGGCAAAUGGGGAGGUCCCUGCUGCCCAGCCGCACAUUUCUGCAGGCUCUCAAUCUGGGCAUUGAAGUCAUCAAUACCACGGACCAUAUGCAUUUCUCCAAGGAGUGCAGUCGAGCUCUCCUGAGGAUGCAGUAUUGCCCGCACUGCCAGAGCCUGAUGCUCAGCAAGCCCUGUAUGGGGUACUGUCUCAAUGUUGUCAGGGGCUGCCUGGCCCACAUGACAGAGCUUAAUCCGCACUGGCAUGCUUACAUCCGGUCCUUGGAAGAGCUGUCAGAUGCGAUGCAUGGGACCUAUGAUGUGGAACAUGUGCUCCUGAACUUCCACUUGCUUGUCAAUGAUGCCGUUCUGCAGGCACACCUCAAUGGGCAGAAGCUACUGGACCAGGUAAAUAAGAUCUGCGGCCAUCCAGUGAGAACAGCAGCACAGAGCCCCCGCUGUACUUUUGAUCCGAGCAAAGAGAAGCAUGGAGUGAAGAUCUUCACUAGGAAUGGUGAAGAGACACUUGCCAACAGAAGAAAACAAUUCAUCAACAGCCUUAGACUGCACAGGUCUUUCUACGGUGGUCUGGCUGAUCAGCUUUGUAUCACUGACUUAGCUGCCGCUGAAGGAAGACCCUGCUGGAAUGGGGAGGAUGUAGUGAAAAGCUAUGCUCAACAUGUGGUUGGAAACGGAAUGAAAGCCCAGUCUGGAAAUCCUGAAGUCAGAGUCAGAGGAAGUGACCCUGUGAUAAAUCAGAUCAUUGAUAAACUGAAGCAUGUUAUCCAGUUGUUACAGGGUCGAUCACCCAAACCCAACACGAGGGAGCUGCCUCAGCCAGGCAGUGGUGGAGGCAUGCUGGAGCAGUCCAGUGGAGACUGUGAUGAUGAAGAUGGCUGUGGGGGAUCAGGAAGUGGGGAAGUCAAGAGAACCCUAAAGAUCACAAACUGGAUGCCAGACAACAUGAACUUCAGUGAUGUCAAGCAAGUCCACCAAGCCGACCAUGGAAGAACUCUGGAUACGACUGGCGCAGGAUGUACAUCAGGAACUGAGUCUAUGACACUUACUCUAAUGGGGAUGCUGAUGUUUCUCGGGCUUUGGUAAUUGAACUCUUUCAUCUGGACAUACAUUACUGGAGUCAUGAUUUAUCUCAUAUUUCCUUACACCUGGAAUAGAAGAUCUCUUUAAAAGUAAUGAUUGAAUUUAGGAAAAAGUGUAUGCUAACUUCUUAGAAGCCAACUGGAAUGUUCACAGAAUACCUAGAAAUCAAGAUUCUGAUAGACUAUUUCCUGGUAUUUAACUUAAACCUUCUUAAAUUCUAACAUUAAAUCUAAAACUGUGAAAAGCUCAGAAGUGACUUUGAAUAAGAAGGAUUUGGUAUAUCUGUAAUUCUAUUCUUCUCAAUUUCAAACUCCUUCCUUUUAAAAUUUGAGAAUGUUGGCAUUUAAGAGUAUGAUUGUCAAGUUCAGAAAACAACUAGUAUUUAUUAACUAGUUGGGAAUAGAAAUAACAUUAAGUCAGAGCACACACUGGCAAGUAUUAUGCAUGCAUUUUUAAAUGAGUCUUUCAUUUUUGCCAGUUAAAGAAAAAAGUUACUUAAAGUCUGUGAGUUAUAGAGUAGCUUAGCAGGGUGAUUUCCCAAAAGUUUACUGAAAGAUCUUGACAAUGUUUUUGACACUAUAGCUUCACCACUGGGCUUAGUAAUUCAGGGGCACCUAUGUGAUGCCCCUUUAUAUUUACAAUUCAUUGUAGUAUCAUGGCCCUGUCUCCUCCUUUCUCUUUACCUAAAAGAUCUACUUAUGUCUGGAAGCACACUUGUAUACUCCAAGUUGAUUAUUUGAUGAGAAAUUUUUAAAAAAAUAUUAUGGUGAUUUUUCCUAACAAAAGUUUAUUCCAAACUUACUCAUUUUGAAAAUGUUAUUUGCUACUUUUUAAAGCAUCAUAUGUGCAAACAGUUGGCUAUCCUUGCAUAAGAUCUGAUGAAUAUCUUGCAAUUGGUAAUAGGACAGAACAUGGAACAUGAAAGGCUUUAGCUAUCUUCCUAUUGCUCGGCAGGAAAGUUACUAAUCCACCAUCCCUAAUUUCUCAGCUAUGAUAAGUUGCCUCCACAGACAGAUAGGAUGCUUCUAAAGCCGCACUUAGGAGGAAGAGAUAAGUCAGUUUUUAUUAAGAAGUAUCACAUUGACUGUGGACAGGAAGUAUAAUGAAUACAAAGCAAAGGAGAGGGAAGUGAAAGGCUGAGAUUCUUAAACAAAUGAUUAAGAAGGAUUUAAAAUGACCUCUGACAAGGGUCUGAAGGACUCAGUUCAACAGCCAACAUGACAGAAGCAGAAAUAAUUCCCUCAAAUCAGGAAAGAAUAUGUGUUCAAACCUUGUCUCUCUAAGGUUCUCAAUCAGGUGAUUGGAGAGUUGUCAGUUUAAAUUACAAUGGUUUUAACUGCUCAUAUGGAUUGUAUUGUCUACUCAAGCAUGUUUGAAAACUGAAAACAGUAUUUCACCUGCUGAUUCUUUUUGUUAUUUUCUUAGGCUACUGUUGCAGGCAGAGAUGGUUAGUCCUUGACCCUUCAUCUACACUCAACUCCACAUCAGAAUCCACAAAUUACAAACUAAAAUUUAUUUUUUCUACAAAUUUCUCUCCAGUCUCAGCCUUUUAUUCAGAUCACUAUCUCAGGAAAAAAAGUAUUAUUAAAUCACUCGUGUGCUCUUGCCCCUCUCAAGGUCAGUUUUAUAUAGAAAAAUGUCUAGGUCUCCAAAUUAGGGGGAAUUCAUUUUAAAGACCCAAUGUGAAGAGCACAUCUCUGGAGUCUAAGAUGCAUAUUGACAAAAUUAGCUGGUUAAGGAUAAUUUGGGGCAUUACUGGAAAUGGAUAAGAGCAGAGAAUUAAGAGAAUCAAUACAAUCAAUGGGUACAUUUUGUAGACUACAUUUUAUGUUCUCAUAAACCUCCAGCCAUUCACUUUGGAGACGACACAUGUCAGAACACUGCUGUGAGAACUCAGAGCCUUAGGAGGUUUUCAGAAUUUCUUUAACAGCCUGAGGCAUCAUUUUUAGUAUUCUUGGUGAGGGCAUUCUUUCUUUAAUAUUCCACUUGGUGACAUUUUAUAUUUAUAUAGCAUUUUAUGUUGUAAAAAGUUCUUUCAAAUGAAACAGAACAUCUUACAUGAUCUUCCUCAUUGUCAAGGAUGACUUGAUUUUUUUAGUCAAAUAGAGACAAUGACACUGAUUUUUCUUUGAUAUGGUUCCAAAUCUGCAUCUGAGUGCUUUCCAUAAAUGACAUCUAAGAGGGUUUAAGCAAGGGUAAGAUUGUUUAAGUAUAAAUCUCGUUUUCAUGAUGACUUAAAAAUUUCAAGAUAUCAUACGUUUACUCAUAUUUUAUAUUGAAUAAUUUUAACAAAGUCAUUUCUGAGCCCUGGGUGAUUUUUGUACACAUUAAAGUACUCACAAAAUUUAUUGCAGGGUUGGUGAGUGUAGCACAGUGGUACAGUAUAUGCUGCGUUUGUAUGAGGUUCUGAAUUCAAUCCCCAACACGAACACAUCCAAAAAACUAUAUCCAAAAAAAA